AUGCCAAUUUGUCGCUGCAUACGCGGUGUGGCUGUGCUGUGCGCGUUAGCGCUGCUGGCGAGUGCAGCCAGCGUCGAGUGUGAAGACAACAAUACAGCCGAAGGACUGGAUAGAGAAUUAUCGGAUAUGGUGCUGACCACGGCGUUAGGAAAAAUACGCGGCACGCUGUUGCCAUCGCAGGCUGGACGCAAUUUUUACGCUUUCCGUGGCAUACCAUAUGCCAAACCACCUGUGGGCGCAUUGCGUUUCAAGCCACCCGAACCGGUGGAGCAAUGGUAUGACAUUUUCGAUGCAACCUUUGAUGGACCGCGUUGCCCACAACCGGGUCUAUACAGCGAUGAUGUAUCCGAGGACUGCUUGCGUGUGAAUAUCUAUACGCGUGAUUUGCCCACCGAGAAGGAACCGAAUGUAAAGAAACCGGUUAUUAUUUUCAUACAUCCAGGCGGAUUUUAUGCGCUUUCGGGUCAGAGUAAAAAUUUUGCGGGUCCGCAGUAUUUUAUGGAUCGUAAUAUUCUAUUGGUGACAUUCAAUUAUCGGCUGGGCACGCUUGGCUUUCUCAGCACUGGCACUGAAGAGGCGCUCGGUAAUAUGGGUUUGAAAGAUCAGGCGAUGCUUUUGCGUUGGGUAAAAUUGCAUAUAUCACGUUUUGGCGGCGAUGCAAACUCCGUCACGCUACUGGGCUAUGGUGCAGGCGCGAUCAGCAUUACGUUGCAUAUGGUUUCACCGAUGUCCAGGAAUUUAUUUCACAAAGCCAUCGUUAUGAGUGGCUCGGUGACAGGGCAGUGGUCGCUGCCAUCGGAGCAAUUAGAUUUGGCAACACGUCAAGCGGCAUUGCUGCACUGCAAUACGGAAAACUUAACGGAUAUGAUGAGCUGUUUGCACUCGAAACAUUACCUCGAAUAUGCCAAUACGCUGCCGCAUAUGUUCGAAUUUGGACGCAAUAAUCCGCUGAUAUUGUGGAAACCAGUCAUCGAACCGGACUAUGGCCAGGAGCGCUUUCUCACAGAGGAUCCUGUUUGGUCCUAUCAAAAUGGCAACUUUAUGAAAAUACCCAUCAUAACUGGCAUGACGAAGGAUGAGUUCGCGGGACAGGCCAUAUCAAUUCUUGAGAAUCCCCGUUUAUUAAAGACAUUGGCGCAUAAUUUCGAGGCUGUAGCGCCAGUGUGCUUUCUUUACGAUCCAGAUAGCCCACGUGCGCAAAAUAUUAGCAUGGAAUUGAAAUUUGCAUAUUUCGGCAAAGAGUCUUUGGAAUAUGCAGGCACUCUGCAACCUUUGGUGGAUCUCUUCGCUGAUGCCCUAACUGGUUUUGCAAUACAUCGCUUUGUGCAUUUAGCGGCGCGCUCUACCAAAGUCUACUACUACCGCUUCAGCUAUCAAGGACAGCGCAGUCAUAUUUAUUAUCCCACAGAUAAACCUUUUGGUGUUGUGCAUCAUGACGAUCUGAUGUAUUUGUUUGUCGAACCAUCGGUGAGCCGCAUGUUUACGGAGGACGAUCGUGAAAUCAAAAUCGUCGAUAAACUAACCCGAAUGUUUACAGCAUUCGCCUAUAAAGGCGAUCCCAAUAAGCAGAGCGAUGACAAGUUGCGCCAUAUACGCUGGCGUGCUUUUAGCUUUAAGCGCCAACACUACUUGGAUAUUGGUGAGGAAAUCGUGCUUCGGGAGGGUCUAAAUAUGCCACGCUACGAAAUUUGGAAGCGCUUGUUUCCACUCAAUUGGAAGCGUCAAAGCAAACACGAUCUCUUGGAUUAUGAAUAGAGUGUAAGUGGCGUUUCACCCGAUUCGGUCGCCGGUUAAGCGGCAGUUGGUUUGCCGGCUCAUGUGAAAGCUCCAAUAGCUACACAUACACUUUGUGCCGGCAAACCGGCUGCCAGUUAACCGAAAACCGGAGCUUGUGAAACCAUAUUAAGUUAAGAAGAAUAAUACAACGUUAAUUUUAAAUGUCAAGUUAUACUUUAACUUUGCAAUAUAUAUUCGUUGUUUGCGAUUUUUUUCC